CAUGAUGUAAUAAGAUUAAAAUAUGGAAGUCAGCAUAGAUUAAAAGAAAUGUCUACAUUUCUCAAAUUCUGAGAAGCCAAUUUGAGAUAAUCAAAAUAUUAACAUUAUACGAAUCUAAAUUUUUGAGUAAAGAAACCAUAACAAUAUAACUAGGACUUCAAUCAAAACUAUACCAGAAGAGUUAACAUAGGAUUGCAUAAAUACUUCUGUAAAUAGACAAUUUAAUUCAAUGUUAGAAAUGCCUGGUUUACGGAUGGAAUCAGGUAUUGAAUACACUCCUGGUAUGCAGUUAUCAGACUUGCAGCCAUUUCUGGAUAUGGGGCUUGAAAGCUUAACCACAGUUUCUCCAGAUGCGCCUGACAUGACACUGACAUCUGUUGGGCAAGGGGCGCUAGCGCAGUCAGUGACAUCGCAAAACCUACUGGCUAAUCAAGGAAUCAGUCAGUACUGUGCCAUAUGCGCUGAUAGAGCCACCGGGAAACAUUACGGGGCAGCGAGCUGUGACGGCUGCAAGGGAUUCUUCAGACGAAGUGUCCGAAAGAAUCAUGUGUACACGUGUAGGUUUAACAGGAACUGUGUCGUCGACAAAGACAAAAGGAAUCAGUGCCGAUAUUGUCGACUAAAGAAAUGCUUCAGGGCUGGAAUGAGAAAAGAAGCUGUCCAAAAUGAACGAGAUCGUAUCAGUGUACGACGCACAAGUUAUGAUGAAGUUGGUCAAAAUGGUGCUCUAUCUGUCAGCACGUUGCUCAAUGCGGAGAUUCUUUCCCGACAGAUCUCAUCACCCAUAUCAAAUGCAGACAUUGCAUUAAAAAAGAUCGCCACUAUAAAUGACGUGUGUGACUCCAUGAAACAGCAGUUGCUGAUCCUUGUUGAGUGGGCCAAGUAUAUCCCAAGCUUCUGUGAGCUACCACUGGAUGAUCAGGUGGCACUACUGAGGGCACAUGCUGGAGAGCAUCUCUUGUUGGGACUUUCACGACGCUCCAUGCCAUUCAAGGACCUUUGUCUCCUUGGCAACGACUUCAUAAUCCCAAGGAACACAACUGAAAUGGAUCUCCAUCGAGUUGUUAAUCGUAUCCUGGAUGAGCUUGUGCGACCCCUGAGGGAGGUCCAGAUUGAUGAUUCUGAGUUUGCCUGUCUCAAGGCAAUUGUUUUCUUUGACCCUGAAGCCAAGGGGAUAAGUGAUAUACAGAAGAUCAAGGCAAUGCGCUACCAAGUUCAGAUCAACCUGGAGGACUAUAUUAAUGACCGCCAGUAUGACUCCCGCGGGAGAUUCGGGGAGAUCCUCCUCAUGUUACCUAACCUACAGAGCAUAACAUGGCAGAUGAUUGAGCAAAUACAAUUUGCAAAAAUAUUCGGAAUGGCCAAGAUAGACAAUCUACUGCAGGAGAUGCUCCUUGGAGGUGCGUCCAAUGAUAUGCCCCACCCCUCAUCAGCAGCACUUCACCCCCAUAUGAUCAAUGCCGGGCAGCACGGCCUUGGGGCCAGUGAGUUGCAAAAUGGGGCUCCCACCACACAGGAGGUUCUCUCUGUGGUCCAGGGGCAUAACGCAGAUGGCGCCACGGGUAUACACUCUCAGCAGGAGAGGUUGGAUAGGGUCACGGUUAAUCUCACUAGUGAACCUGCCGUUAUCCCUAUGAAUCACUCGGGGGAGCCAUUAGUACAUCAUAACGUGGAUCCAUCACUACCAAGAUCACACGCACCAAGCCCCAUCGAAGCUCACUUGACAAAUGGUCACCCGGGAACUCCGUACAGUAAUGGACAUCAUGACCACACCCCAAUACCAUCUCCACCAAUGACAAACAUGACAGCAUUCAAGCGUGAAGUCAUGUGACAUUUAAAUGAAUCAGGUGACAAUCAUGUGACAUAAGACAUGUGACAAUCAUGUGAUGCAAUUGACAUCAACAUUAUGACAUUAUUUUUAUGAAUUAACACCUGGCUAGCUUGCCGAUGUUGUGCAGUAAGAGCUAACACUAACACUGUAUCCGAAAAUAUCUUAAUAUUCUUUUUUACAAAUGUGCCAAAUAAAAUGAGAAAACGUCCUCACAGGAGAGACUUGAUAGUUAAAUACUGUCAGGCUCUUUUUAAUGAAUUUAUUUUGAUCAAUGUAUCCGUUGGUGUUCUCAAAAUCUAAGAAAGCCAAUAGAUUCAUUUGUAAUCAAUCCCUAGGUCUUCUUAGAUGGUAUUCUAUUCUAGUUUCAACUGAAGUCUCAAGUUCUGAAUGCCAAUUCUUUAAAAGGUGCUAAACUGAUAAAAACUGCCAGAAACCAUAUGUGUACUUGCCCCUCAAAGCAUUAUACACAAUUAAUGUUUUGAUGAAUGGAGAUCAGUGUAGUUUUUUUGUAAGGAUAAAUUCAUUGGUGCUUGAAAUUUGAGGAUGGUGCAAUUCUUUCAGUAGUAAUUUCAUACAGAGUUGCGGGGGGCUGGUUAAAAACUUGUGAAACUUAUUUAACGUAGCCACUGAAAUAUUGAUGAAAUAAGUUUCGCAAAAGUGACCCAGUGAUACCCGACUCUGCCCCUUCAGGUUCCCAAAAUACAUAGGUGUGUAUAGCUUUUUAACAAAGUAUAAUCAAACUAAAAACUUUACAUUUUUAUUACAAAACUGCAUGCUUGAAUGAUAUAUAAAAAUACAUUUACAUUCCACAAUAUAGCGAAAGUAUUAUAUUUGAUGUAUAUCUACUUAGAUAGAUAUGGAAAAAUGUUUCAAAUAUAUUGUUGAACGUUUCAAAUAUAUUAUAGAAAUUAUUAUCCUAUUUUUGAAGUAAAUUCUGUAAUAUUUUAAUAAAAAAAUCACAAGAAGCAAUUAAGAAGAUUGCAACUUACAGUAAACAAUUAUUAAGUACAUAUUUUUCAUGAAAUACUGUAGAUUUCUCUUCAAAUCUGUACACUCUAGAACACUUCCCUCCAAAAGGUUGGUAACCCACACACUCAUAUUUGACCAUGAGUUAAAGCAUGGCAAUUCAAAAACAUCAUCAAAUUUUUCAUGGGAUCUAUUUUAUUAAUAUUGAGAAGGACAGUUCAAAUGAGUACAAAAACAAGCUUUAAAACGCUAUGAAAGGGGAUUCAGUAUUGCCAAACUUUUGGAGGGGGGUGUAAGUUGGUAGCUGUAUUUUCAAUUUAGUGAAGGAACCAGCUGUUAAUGCUUAUGAAUAUGCAGAUGUUAAUGCUUAUAAAUACUAUAUCUAGUAUAUGCAGGUGUAAAUGCUUAUAAGUGUAAUAGCAUAAGCAUUAAAAUACAGUGUAUUGUUUUAUGAUUUAGUGAAGUCAUAGUUCUUAGUAAAUAGUUUGAUAAAAUGAACAUGUAAAUUACAAUUUAGUGGAAAAUGAACUUUACAGGGAACAUGAGGCAAUCAUUUGUAUAUUGAAAACUUGUAUUUUAUAGAAAUUUUGUUUGUACAUAAAUGUAUAUUGUAUGUUUUAUAAUGUGAAUGUGUUGAAUUAUAUGUAAUGUACAUACAUUGAACAUGUACAGUGUAUAUACUGUACGUGUUUAUAUAUACAGUACAUUUAAAUUCAUAAACUGGUAAAAUGUACAGCCUAUGUAAUAUGUACAUGUUACUUUGUGUAUGUUAAUUAUGAACUGAUAAUGAUGUACAGUACAUGUUAAUAAACUGUACAUGUUAUUAAUAGAAUGUAGAUGUUGAUAUGUACAUGUUAAUGUGUACAUGUUAAUAAUAUGUAACCUUUGUAAAACAUUUCAGUUUACUAUUUGAACAUGUUUCUUUAUUGUAUUGUAUUGUAUUGUAAAUAUAAAUAAGUGCUUUAUGUAAAAUUGUUUUAUAUACCAGUGAUAAAUGUGUUUUCUUGCCAAC